UAGCUUAAACUUUAAGCCGACUGAUGGGAUUUUACAGAGAGAAAAUGAAGGUGAGCGUGGAAGGGGAGAAGGUGAUACUGGUUCCCUACAUGAGAGAGCAUGUGCAAAAGUACCAUGAAUGGAUGCAAGAUCCUCUUCUCCUUCAAGCAACUGGUUCUGAACCACUUACCCUUGAGCAAGAAUAUGAAAUGCAACUUUCUUGGACCCAAGACCCUUUAAAGCAGACUUUUAUCGUGUUGGACAGGGAACUAAUUGUUGGAAACUUCACUCACGGAGAACCUCAUGUUGAAGCCAUGGUUGGUGAUGUGAACAUAUACAUGAAUGACUUGGAUGAUCCCCAAAUGGCUGAAGUCGAGAUUAUGAUAGCUGAACCGAAAAGUCGUGGCAAAGGACUUGGCAAAGAAUCUGUUCUCGUGAUGAUGACAUUUGCAGUUGAUAAUUUCAAGAUACAUACCUUCCGUGUCAAAAUUGGAGAAUUAAAUCAGGCCUCUCUCAGCCUAUUCCAAAAAUUGGGUUUCAAUGAGACCUCUUACAGUAAAAUAUUCAAUGAGAUGACCUUGGAGUUGCCAAUGACCGAGUCAAAGAUUUUUGAGCUGCGUCAAUUAGUUGGCAAUAUGGUUACACAUUCAUAGCACCUGAAGACACAUUGUGUAUGCUGAUGACCGAGUCAAUGUGAGGUGAGCUGCAUGGUUAUUGUUCAUAUUCCCCGGUUAGACCAUUCCCUUCAGCCUGGAGGGUAUUGAGUAUAUUAUUUUGGUGAUUAGUUUUAUCCAGCGACUGUUGAAUCAAAGCUUGCGACUCUUCUAUUGAUUUUUCACUAAUUAAUCUGUUCCAGACACUUGAAGGAAUUUUCAAAUUGGCGUUUUGUUCUUUUCCUCGUUAUAUUACAUUGUAAGAUCACCUUGAUAUAUA